CUCUAUCUAUCUAUCUCUCUAUCUCUUUCUCACGGCGUGUUAUUUAUUCCUUGAAUCAUCCUUUCCCUCUCGACUGUCGUGCGUCUUGACACAUUUUCACUCUGGAUAGUCUCUGAUACAAACCGCGAAUGUGAUAGACAAUCAUGUCGCUGGACCAAACUGUAUGUGAAGUACCUGUUUCUACACUUUCAGACCUGAAGGCUUUUGAGAGACGAUUGACUGAGGUUAUAGCUAGCUUGCAACCUGCAACACUAAGAUGGAGAAUGCUGUUGGGUUUUAUCUCAGUUUGUACCGCUGUGGGUGCUUGGCACUGGCUGACAGAUCCCAAUACAUCGGCAGUAUCUUUUACACAGAGUCUAUGCAAUCAUCCAUUCUUUACUAUGGCUAGUAUAAUAUUAGUGAUAUUGUUUAUGAUGGGAGUACAUAGACGUGUAAUAGCGCCCAGUAUUAUAACUCAACGUGCCAGAAGUGUUCUUGGUGAUUUCAAUAUGAGCUGUGAUGAUACUGGAAAGUUGAUUCUGAAGCCCACAAGACCUUCGCAUCCACAUGAGACUUAAGACAAUAAGAUAGUAGUCAAACUGUAAUCAAACCACUUGUCAAGGGUCUUCUUACUUGAAUCGAAUGAGUUUACAAAAAUAAUUACAAUCUAUGUAAGUCCUGUGUUCAAAUUAAUAGUUAAGAUAGAUCAAUCAAAUGGAUUAUGCAUCACCAUCUGUAUAUAAAUGCUUAUUCAUAAGCGCUCAAUGUAAAAUAUAUUGUUUUCCAAUAGAGUUAAGGAAACACGUGAUAUCCAUUGAAGUUCAAGAAAUAGAUUGUUCUAAUGAUUCCAGUAUACAAAAAUAGAUCCGUCAUUAGGGAAGGCAUAAUAAAAUAGUCAAUUAGGACUAUCAAUAUAAUAUCUACAUUAAAACAUUAAAACAUAUUAUGCCGAUGAUACGAUACUGUGGCAGAUUUAUUGUAUUUAUUAGAAUGGUUAUAUAUAAUAUAAUUUUUCUUUACAAACCACAUCUCAC